GUUAUUUCCUGUGGGUGUUUCCUCCUUUAACCUUCAUAAGAGCAGUAAACUUUUGCACACUUAAAGUCCUGUCUACCAUCCAUCACCUACAAUGAAUCUAUUACCAACAUUUUUACUAAUGAUCCUAACAGGACACAGCAUGUCAGAAUAUGUUCAAAGCAUCAGUUGCCCAUAUCCAAAUGAAUCUAAGAAUGAAUCUCGAACCAGAGUAUGGUGCAAGAGAGAUGUCCAGGAUGAAAACUGCUGUACGGGGUUGGCAUUUAGGUCAGGCAUCGACAGUCUUGAUAAUGGUCAAAUUCUUGUAAAGCAGGAUGAAAAAUCCUUCACUGUCUCUAUGCUGGCACUGCCACAAGGAGAAGGAGUUUACUGGUGUGGGUUGAUGGAUACAGACAACACCAUUGUUAAACUGGCAGAGAAAUAUUUUUCCACUCCCCUAAACUAUGUGUGGUCUAUUCUCCGCUGGAUUAUGUUUCUUUUGAUGUUUUUGAUGUUUAUCUCAACGUACAUUUAUAUAAACAGAAAAAAUGGAAAUGCUAAGAAAACAAAUGAAGAUACAACUUAUGAAGAUAUUAGGAUGCAGGUGAAGGAAUAAAGAAGCUAGAUUUUCUGAAGACGUAAGAAAACAUGGUGAGCCUUCACCACGCCGUAGAUCUAAAUGUUUGUUGUCCUUAAAUAAUAAGCACAGUUCUGAUUGUUGCUUUUCCUUGUAAAUUGUGAUUGUAAAGCUUUUGUUUUAAAGUGUUUUUUUAAACACUCUAAACAAUUGCUCUCUCCUUAAAAAAAAUACAGUUCUUGCACAUGUACAUUUUGGGAGUUAAAUAAUUAUGCAUCAGCUUAAGUAAACCCUACUGUAUGUCUUAUAAAAAUGCAAUGUUCACACUAUUUAAUAACACAACACAAUGUGGAUUUGAGAAAUAUAAUAACCAUUUAAUCUUUUUUUUGUACAUUGGUUGCAUCAAAGACUUUCCGGAAGCUAGUGUUUGUCUUUGAAAUAAAAUGCCUAUUUCUUUAA